AUGUCUGAAGACCUCCCUUGGGAUAACGAUAAGCCUAUGAGCAUCUCGCAGCUGUUGAAACAGUCCAUGCGAUCUGUUGAUACCAUCGUCUCCAGUAGCUCGUUGCUAGAUAAAAUGUCUGUUCACUUGAACGGUUUGUUGCGUCAAGACGAAGAACCCCAGGUUGAUAAAGCUGUCCUGCUUUUAGACAGCAUGUUUGCCAACGCAGACAGAGCCAUGUCUUCAGAGAGCGAUAGGCAAGUGCUUUCUGUGUUGAAGCGUCAGGUCUCUAGUUUCAUUGGUGUUACAUUGGGCGUCAAACCAUUUUUAGAACAACAUGAGCAACAGCAACGAGCUGAAGAGGAGGACAGCGACGAUGACGAUGAUACCAAGUCAAAUAAGCUUUCGUGGUCUGCAGCCAAUGAAAAGGAAACCAAGAGUGCUUGGCUUGAAAAGAAGGCGUAUUACGAUCAAAAUAAUGGCGAUAUUUAUGCCCCUGAACGUGCUGAACACGAAAGACUUCGCCAACAACAAUUGGAGGAGGAGCAGUACGGACGCGAUGCUGGAAGUGGCGAGGAGGAAGGAGAUGGAUCAGAGGAGGAAGAUGACUCUGACGAAUACGAAGAAGUGGUUGAGCAAGUUCAAGUUAAAUCUCGCGAGAUUGGCGGUGCUGGAGGGUUCCAAACUGUGCGUCGUCGUCAAAAGAAGAAGACCAAGACCACGAUUACCACCAACUUUUCUUACAGCCACUCGAGUAACAGUUAUGACAACAACAGUGCUCAAUACAACAACAGUAACAGCAGGCCUUGUUAUCCUCGCCACCGUGUUCGUGUCACUGAAUUCCGUCCAGAGUAUUUGCACAAUUUGCCUUCUGGCAUUUUUUGCAUGCCCGUGUUUUUCCCCUCUGAGGAGAGUUACAGUGUGUUUCACUCUGCAUUAUCAUCAGCCAAGGAAUCCUUGUAUGUGUGUGUGUUCUCCUUGACAGACAACGAAACGGCUGACGUGCUGAUUGACGCCAAGCAACGCGGCGUUGAUGUCAAAAUCAUCACUGACAAUGACCAAAUGGAUGAAUGUAAAGGCGCUGAUGUGCUUAGAUUGCACGAGAGAUUUGGCAUUCCCUUUAAAAAGGACAACAGUGAUCAAUUCAUGCACAACAAGUUUGCCGUCAUUGACAACAAGAUUAUCAUUACUGGUUCGUUCAACUGGUCUGCAGGUGCUCGCUACAAGAAUAAGGAAAACAUCAUUGUAACAAAUAUUCCUUCUGUAGUUGAUGCCUAUACUCGCGAAUUCAAGGAGUUGUGGAACUGCUUUUAG